AGUGCACAGCUGUACAACGGCAGACACACAUUUUUCACUCAGAUUCUCCAUCACAUUUCUGCUUCCUCAGUUUUUCGCCGAAUGUUGUAGUCGCUCCACCAUCCCUCCAUAGAUUACUCUCCUCAUUCACCCUCUCCAUUACACAUAUCCAUUUAAUCUCUCUCCAUUUGUGCUCGCCCCAUCCUUUUCUCUCCUCACUCUUUCUUGCUUUCAUCCACAUCUCCACUUCAGUGGCCGUCUGUUCUCUUCUUUCUGCUCCUUCUUCAAUGGAGGCUGAGGCGCUGUACAGCUUCAGAGCCACUGAAUGUGAUGAGCUCAGUUUCCAGAAGGGUGAAAUCCUCAAGGUGACCAACAUGGAUGAUGAUCCAAACUGGUACACGGCAGAGCUGUUGGGUAGACGAGGCUAUGUCCCGAAGAACUAUAUCAAUGUAAGACCUCACACGUGGUUUGUGGGUGGAAUUUCCCGUCAGGCUGCAGAAAACCGUCUGAGGCCGCUGGAGUGUGGAGCGUUUCUCAUUCGGGAGAGCGAGAGCACACCAGGAGAGUUUUCUGUGUCUGUCAGUUAUGGGGACCACGUGCAGCACUUUAAAGUCCUGAAAGAUGGAUUGGGCCAGUACUUCAUAUGGGAUGAAGUGUUCAGCUCCCUCAACCAGCUGGUGGAUUUUUACAGAAUCAACAGCAUUGCCAAGGAGCGGACGGUGUUCCUGCGCGAGCCAGAGGGGUCAUUAGCUAGGCCGCGUCAUGCUCAUGCCAUCUUUGACUUCACAUCUAAUCACGUGACUCAUCUGCGUUUCUUGCGCGGGGAUGUGAUUGACCUGCUGGACUGUUCGGAUGCUCAGUGCUGGAGGGGUAGAUGCCGUGGAAGAGUGGGCAUCUUCCCACCUGAAUAUGUGCAGCCAAUUUACCACUGAACAUCAUCUUCACCGUCCUCUACAGCACAGGCAUAUUCAGACACAUUUACACACACUCCUUAAAGAUCUAAAGGUGAGCUAAGCCUUUCGCAUCAAUGUUUGGUAAUUGAGGUUUGAAUUAAACCUUAGGUGUCAAAGUCUGCACUUGCAUCAUCCUCAUUUUCAGUAAAUCAGAAAGCCGUUUUAACUUGUCGACAAGCCAGUUUUGUAACACCCUUGCAGAUCGUAACAAUUGAGUAUUCAGCACUCAUCGAUCAUCCGUCAUCCGAGCUUCCCGUCUUUUCUUCUUUCAAAUACUUUCAUAAAUAUAUUUCAUUUAAAUAUGUUCUGCAAAAAAAUGCUUUGUUUUCAAACCAGAACUGCUAUAUACACUACCUGACAAAAGUCUUGUCGCCUAUCCAAGUUUUAGGAACAACGAAUAAUUUGACUUCUAGUUGAUCCAUUUGUAUCUGAAGUGGCUUAUAUAAAGGGCAAAGGCCUUUAGAUUAUGCUUAUUUUACCACAAUGAAAUAUUUUGGGGAUUUUUAAUUAUUUAAUUAGGAUCUUACAUCUGGGAUCGAUGACAAGCCUUUGCCAGGUAGUGUAAUUGAUAUGUACAUAGUAAAUCUCUUUUUUUCUGUACUUAUCCUUAUAUUUACUAUUUACUUUUUAUUACUAAUGACAUUUUUUUUGUGUUUUUUAAUAUUAAUUUCUUUGAAAAUGUUUUGUUCAAUCCUAGGUUAAUAUGCAGAGACAGCUUAAAUCAUUUGCAUGUUGAUGCCGUCUCUGUAAACACUGUGGGUUUGUGGUGCUAUAAAACAUUUGCUCAACCAAUGGUGUGAGUUUAGGGCGGGGCUAAUAUUUAGUUCAGCUAAUGGUAGACUGGGGGAGUGUUUGCAGUUCAGUUUAAACACUUCAAAAUAAUAAUAAUAAUAAUAAUAAUAAUAACGACAAUAAUAAUAAUAAUACUAAUAAUAACAACAACAGUAAUAACAAUAAUAAUAAUAACAACAAUAAUAAUAACGACAAUAAUGAUAAUAACAAUAAUAAUAAUAAUAAUAAUAAUAAUAAUAAUAAUAAUAAUAACAACGACAAUACUACUAAUAAUAAAAAUACUAAUAAUAACAACAACAGUAAUAACAAUAAUAAUAAUAACAACAACAAUAAUAAUAACGACAAUAAUAAUAACGACAAUAAUGAUAAUAACAAUAAUGAUAAUAAUAAUAAUAAUAAUAACGACAAUACUAAUAAUAAUACUAAUAAUAACAACAACAGUAAUAACAAUAAUAAUAAUAACGACAAUAAUAAUAACGACAAUAAUGAUAAUAAUGAUAAUAAUAAUAAUAAUAAUAAUAAUAAUAAUAAUAAUAAUAAUAAUAACGACAACAACAACAACAACAACAACAAUAAUAAUAAUAAUAAUAAUAAUAAUAAUAAUAAUAAUAAUAGUUGUAAUAAUAAUAACAACAACAACAACAACAACAAUAAUAGUAAUAAUAAUAAUAAUAAUAAUAAUAAUACAGAUAAUACAAUAUAACUUAAAUGUCCCUUUGACUACUAGAAUUAUUAUAAAAAUGCUACUUUCCAAACACAAGUUAACAAAUCAUUUGUAAUAUUAACAGGAAAUGUAAUUAUGUAAUAAAAUAAUAAUUUAUUUUAUAAAAAUGUAUUGUACAGAAUAUGUGGAAAUUAUAUGUACUUUUUUCAUGACAUUAUAUCUAUUUCUGUGCUUCACAUUAGAGUAAGCAGAUUGUUAUCAUUCAUAUGUAUGUUCAGGAAGACCUCUGACUGAAAAAUGUUGGAUCCACCCACACCAUAUGAAAACAUUUGGGACUCCAUGACGUCAACAUGAUGAUCAUAAAAAUAAGCAAUAAUAAGAAAAUAUUAUUUUUGGAGUGGCAAACGUAUUUCUAUAAUGAUCGGUUUAUUUAUAACAGGUAAUGUAAUAUAAAUUAUAUUGACAUGUGCUUUGUGAAAGUUAAACUGUUAUUUUGAUAUACAAAAAAUCCAGUAUAUCAGCAGGCAAGGCUUUGCAGCAACUGUUCUGAGCUGUGAUGAAAUCUGAUUCAGUGAAACGCUGACUCAUCUUCACACCGAUUAACAUUUAAAUUGCCUGCACACUGUGAAUUUGAUCGCAAGAAGUGAUACUGUAUUCAUUAUCCAUUCAACAGGACUGACAAUUUCUAUGUGCAAUUUUGUAAAUUAUACCAAUUUUAGGUGUAACAUUGCUUAAUAAGGAAAAGAUGUGUUGUAAAAGCACACAUGGUCUCUAUGAAUUCCAAACUCCAGUGAUAAAAUAAAGUUUUAUUUACUAAA